CACUGGCAAACCCAAAAAAUUAAAAUUAAAGAGUUCUGCGUAAAUCGCUUUAAGCCAUAAAGUCGCCGAAUUAGCGUAAAAGCAGACGAACUCUUAAAUAGUUUGACCAGUAGACGACUGUUUUUUCCAUUUGACUUGCCAAGGGGUGCAAAAUGAGCCGGCCAUAAGAGCAGAGCAGCUGAUAGCCCAACACGUAAUCCCCCAGAGAAUCGGAAACCAAGCAAACCCAGAGAAAUCCUUCAGCUGCCAGUUAAAGAACAGAAAACUCGAGGUAAACUGUAAACACGAGUGUGGAGAAUGGUCAGAAAGCAAGUUGGAAUCGAAAACAGUGCAUCCUUAGCAGUAAGCAAGCAGCAGGAUCAAAAGGAGCAGGACUAUAAGCCAGAGGACCAAAAGCCGAAGGAUCAAAAGCAACAGCACAUCGACAUCGACUUGACGCCCGAUCCGGCCAGCAACUUCAACUUCGCCCAGCAGGCGCAGGACAACUACUCCGCCCGCACGCUAGCCGCCAGCUAUGAGCACGGCCAAAAUCUCGGCCUGCAAAAUGCCCAUCUUGUCACCAGCAGCACCACCAACACGCCCUUGCCCUAUGAUCUGUACGAGGUCGCCAGCUCCGGCUCCAUCCUGCCCACCGAGAUCCCCAUCGAGGACGAGGAGCGGCUGGAGCGCAUCUUCAACAAGCUGGACCGCGAUGGCGACGGCAGGAUCGACAUCCACGACCUGUCGGCGGCACUGCAUGAGUUCGGGUUGUCGAGCGUCUACGCGGAGAAAUUCCUUCAGCAGUCGGACAAGGAUCAGAGCGGCAACGUGGGCUUUGCCGAGUUCCUGCACUACGUGCGGGAGCAUGAGAAGAAUCUGGUCCUGCAGUUCUCGCACCUAGAUAAAAAUCGCGAUGGCAAAGUGGACUUGGAGGAGCUGAUAUCGGCGUUCAAGGACCUGGGCCUGGACAUUGACUUGGACGAGGCCAGAAAUCUGCUCACCAGAAUGGACAAGGACGGCAGCCUGAACAUUAGCUUUAACGAGUGGCGGGACUUCAUGCUCUUGGCGCCCUCAACGGACAUUCACGACUUGAUUAAAUUUUGGCGGCACUCUACUUACCUCGACAUUGGCGAGGAUAUGAACGUACCUGAUGACUUCACACAGAAAGAGAUGCAGACGGGCCUCUGGUGGCGACACUUGGUGGCCGGUGGCAUAGCUGGAGCAGUUUCCCGAACGUGCACAGCGCCUCUGGACAGGAUUAAAGUGUACUUGCAGGUACAAACACAAAGAAUGGGAAUCUCAGAGUGUAUGCACAUCAUGCUGAACGAGGGCGGAUCGCGGAGCAUGUGGCGAGGCAAUGGCAUCAAUGUGUUGAAGAUUGCCCCCGAAACGGCUUUCAAGUUCGCUGCCUACGAACAGAUGAAGCGACUGAUUCGCGGUGACGAUGGCAGCCGCCAGAUGAGCAUCGUGGAGCGAUUCUAUGCGGGCGCAGCGGCAGGCGGAAUUUCACAGACCAUCAUCUACCCCAUGGAAGUAUUAAAGACGCGCCUGGCGCUCCGGAGAACGGGACAGUACGCGGGCAUUGCCGAUGCGGCGGUCAAGAUCUACAAGCAGGAAGGAGUGCGCAGCUUCUACCGUGGCUAUGUACCGAACAUCCUGGGUAUUCUGCCCUACGCCGGCAUCGAUUUGGCGGUAUAUGAAACCCUCAAGAGGCGGUACAUUGCCAAUCACGACAACAACGAGCAGCCCAGCUUCCUGGUGCUCCUGGCGUGCGGCAGUACAUCGAGCACACUCGGUCAGCUCUGCUCCUACCCGCUGGCCCUGGUGCGCACUCGGCUACAGGCACAAGCCGCGGAGACAAUUGCCAAUCAAAAGCGGAAAACGCAAAUACCCCUGAAGAGCAGCGACGCGCACAGCGGCGAGGAGACGAUGACGGGCCUGUUCCGCAAGAUCGUGCGACAGGAGGGCCUGACGGGGCUGUACCGCGGCAUAACGCCAAACUUCCUCAAGGUCCUGCCGGCGGUGUCCAUCAGCUACGUGGUGUACGAGUAUACGAGUCGCGCCCUGGGCAUUAAGAUGUCGUGAGAUGUCUGUCCUAAUCUCGCUCCAAUCAAGUUAACUCGGCUCGGCCCGGCCACCUCGGCUGUGCGGCCCCGCUCUGCAGGGCGGAUCGGGCUGCGGCCGGGAGUGCGGCUGGUGAUCCGGCUGACGCUGUGCUCCAUUUUGUAUAGUAGUAGCGUUAGGUUAAGACGGCUCGGCGGUCGCCACUCGCUCUCUGCCGCAAUGAGACAGUCUCGUGCUGCUUCUUUCCUUAAGUGUAAAGCAGGCCUCUUCCACGUUCUGGGUUAUCCGUUUUAAGUUUUUAUAGUUGAAUUAGUUUUUGGUUAUUUUCUUAAAAUAUAAAAUAAGUGAUACU